AUGAGCACACGCGUCACCAGAGCCGAAGCACGCAGGAGGAUGGCGGCCCUCCAGGAACCUCGCCCGGGGCAAGGAUGGUCGGAGACCCGGCCUACCCGAGCUCCGCGGCGGGCCCUGGAGCGGACCCGAGACGAGGACUCCGCACCGGAACCCGCGGUGAGCUCCGACAGCGACGUGGAGGUGAUCGGCGAUCCCGCCGUCGAGGAGAGAGACCACUCGGAGGCGGUCUGUCGGGCCACCGAGGAGUCUCGGAAGCGGUUCCGAGACCGGGAGCCGUCGGACGAGGAGCAGCAACGGUCGACGGAGGAGGAGGCGAGAUGGCAGGCGCGGCUGCGGCAGGACCACGAGGCAGCGGCGGCGCGGUGGCAUGCCCGCUUGCGAGAGGCGGAGGAAGAAGAGCGACGGCUGUGGGAGGCACCGGUAGAGGACGCGUGGGAGGUGCCACUCACCCCCAGAUACGCGGCCGAGGAGCCCAGUCCGAGGAACGAGGACGAGGACGAGCCACGCGCGCCACCCCUCCGCGGUGGUUACCCGAGGUGCCACCCACUCCCCGCUACGAGGGGGAGUGGCUCACGGACGGCGCUCGAGACGGCGACGAUGGAGCACCGUUGGCCACCCACGUCGCGAUACACGGAGCCACGACGACCGGAGGAGCAGACGCCAAGCGAGGAGUCGACCGCGCAGCCGAUGCCGCAACCGCAGGAGGAGGAAGUCCACCAGGCAAGGGCGGAGGAACCGUCGGUGGUGCGGACGGAGGUGCCGGCCGCGCACGUGAGCCACAGCACACGGGCGUUCGAGGCCGAGGGCAUGCGGUGGCGGCAGCAGACGGUGACAUGA